AUGUUUCGUGUUGAUUGUAAGAAUAAUGGAACAAUAAUUGAAUGUUUAGGAGUUAAAAUUCUUGCGUUAUUCGAGCAAUUUCCCACAUCGGAACAUCUUCUGCCUAAUUUUUUCACAAGUCAAUUCAAUUUUGAUUAUUCAACCAUCGAUAUAGUUCUAAUUAGUGAUGGAAGAUCAUAUGUACUUGUUGAAGCUCUUAUGAAAAUCCCAGAAUUUCAUGGACUUAUCGUUACAACUCAAGCAAAUUAUCGAAUUGGACGAAAUUUGAUUACAGAAUAUAGAAUGAUAGACUCAAAUAACAGAAAUCCGUUACCUACUGAUUUAAGAAUCAUAACACUUAAUUUCCAUCAACCAUUUACUUUUACAGAAUUAUGCUUCAUUCCAACGCCAAAUGGAUGCGGUAUUGGAAACUGCAAUUGGCUUAUAACAAAGAAUACAGAUGCUGAAUUAGUAUCUUUCAAAGCCUUCUUGGUUACUGGAUACAAUACAUCAACCACAUUUACACCCCCUUACAGUCCAAUAGUUUCGAACUCCCAAGCUACUCCACUUCCACCUCCUCCAAAGGCACCUGAUGUUGUCUGCGUAGUUCCUACAGCAAUUUCAGAAUUUGAUUGUGGAGAAACCAUCAAAAUCAUUGCAUCAAAGGUCAAAGAGAAACUCGGUUACGGUUUGAAAGUUGUCAUUCCCACAUUUACAGAUGAUAUUCUCUUCUUUUUAAUGAGUUAUUUGAGAUAUACUUCAGCAUUAUCAGUCGGAUUCGCUCAUUUAUCGUAUAGAGGACAAACUUUGAUGGAUAUUGCCACAUCCUUUGAAUAUACAGAGGCCAUAAAUGGCUUAGAAAUUUCAGAAAAAGUAGAUUCAAAUAUAUUAGAAGGUUCUUCGGUUUUGUUUGGUCCAUCACCGAACCAACCAAUAGGACAAAUUGUCCAGGCCAGAGAUUUCUUAGGAAACCGUUGCGAUUUCAUGCAAAUAAUUUCUCCUGAGCCAAAACCAUAUAUUUAUGCAAUGAAUUCAGGUUACCAGGCACUUUCAAGAUACAUAAACCAGAUGAUGAGUGAAAAUGUCAUCAUUCCGCCUAUUUUCCAAAGAUUGGAUUCAUUUUCAAUCAAAAAUGCCAAACCAUAUCCAUUUGAAACUCCGAUUAGUGAAGAUUUAGUCAGAUGGGUUGAUAUCAAGGAGCUACAGCUUGCAGAUUCCCGUUUUCCAGUAUUUUCCGGAAAUAUUGUUGGAGAAUAUGCAAAAGUUGCAUCAACAUCUCAAAAUUUCGUUGUCAGUCCUCCUAUUCUUGAGCAAAUUGUUUAUUAUUUGACUGAUCAAGGCGCACAAAACAUUGAUUUCAGUGAUAAUAGGCUGACAUUCGAAUUUCCUUUUGUUGAGGGUGAUUCAAAGGCUUCUAUCUUGUUUACAAAUGAUGAUAUUACACUUGAAACUGGUUCUGGAUUGAUUGAAGAUGUAAUUCUUGAAUUUCUCACAAAAAAGGUUCAUUCUUAUGUAUAA